AUGACUUUCGUCACCACAGAGCAAUACAUGAUGUAUCACAAAGCCAUUGUCUUCGAAGAUUUUGAUAUUGCAACAAAAAUCAUGAAGGAGAAGAGCCCCAAAAAGCAGAAGGGGUUGGGAAGGAAAGUUGCAAAUUUCAGCAAUGAAAUAUGGGAUACGCACAAAGAACGGGUUGUGGAGGAUGGUAAUUGGUACAAGUUCACGCAGGGCAAGGAGAAUCCGGAGGAGAUAAAAAAGGCGCUCCUGAAUACUGGUAGGAGAAAACUCGUCGAGGCUUCACCAUUUGAUCGAAUCUGGGGUAUCGGGUUUGGUGCUAACAAUGCGGGGGCGAACAAAGACAAGUGGGGACAGAAUUUGCUCGGUAAGGCUUUGAUGCGGGUGCGAGAUAGGAUUCGAAAGGAAUCUGAAGAAGCUCAUGCUGUGAAGGAGUGA